CGAAAGUCAUGCAAUAUGCACUAUGUGUAAAUCAAAACUUUCAUAUAAGACGAGCUCGUCAAAUUUAAAUAGCACAUACAAAAGAAACAUCCUACGGUCACAAUCACUUUUUUGGAAAGCAAGAGGUCAACAGUGGUAGGCCAACAUAAAGAAAAUGGCCAGUAAACUCAUCCAGUCUCAUGGUGAGGCUCAUGUCGUUGCUCUUGACAUCACGAAAGCGUUCGAUCAGCUGUGGCACGCUGCCCUCUUGAGCAAACUUCCAUCCUACGGCCUCCCAGAAAAGCUUUGCAGAUGGGUGGCUGACUUUAUCUCUGGCCGCAAGAUAUCCGUCGUAAUUGACGGAUUCUCCUCUUCAUCCCACAACGUCUUGGCUCCAACACUGUUUCUCUUACAUAUCAACGACCUCCAUUCCUGCACGAUCAACCCAAUCCACAGCUUCGCUGAUGACAGCACUCUACAUGCAGGAAUUCAGAGUGACAAGCCGAUCUCUGCCGCUGAGCUGGAAAAAAGAAGACUAGCGACGACUUCUUCUCUGACAAGAGACCUGGAGGCUAUCACUGCUUGGGGACGCAACAAUCUUGUACAGUUCAAUGCUUCCAAAACACAGUACUGUACUUUGACGAACAAAAAGCGUCCUAGCGCUCAUACAGUUUCGAUGGACGGUCGAGUUCUACCAAAGAGCCAUUCAUUUCGGCUGGUCGGAGUCCAGAUCACCGAGGACCUGAUCUGGCACGAACACAUCUCUUCAAUAGCUGCAGCUGCUGGGAAAAAGCUAGGCUAUUUGUUUAGGGCUAAGAAGUACUUUUCUCCGCAUGACCUUCUCACUCUAUACAAGGCCCAGAUAAGGCCUAGCCUCGAGUAUUGCUCACACAUUUGGGGUGCUGCCGCCCCGACUACAUUGUCCAUGCUCGAUGCUGUCCAGAGGAGGGCGGUCCGACUGAUCGAUGACUCUUCUCUAACAGACAGUCUCGGAACUCUUUCGCAACGGCGGGCCGUCGGCGAUCUGGCUCUUUUCUAUCGCUACACCAACGGACUUUGCUCCUCAGAGCUCUCUUCCAUGAUGCCGCCGCGCGAUGUGCCUGCCAGACAGACCCGCCUGACUUCGGCGUCCCAUCCUAACCGUGUCAAGCUUCGUACAUCCAGAACUGGCCGAUACGACCGCUCCUUUGUCCCGAGGGUGUCUAGAUUGUGGAACAAUCUACGGGAGGAAGCUUUUCCCAGUUCUACUAACCUUGGGCAGUUCAAAAAUCGUAUUAACAAAAUUUCUUUGGGAUCAUCAUAG